UCAAUCCAUUAUUUACUUUCCAUAUAUCAAGGCUCAAAGAGGAGUAAAAGAAAAGUGUAAUAGCGGAAACAAACAAAAGCCCUGGCAGAAAAGAGAAAUGCGAAAAGAAAAGUCCAAAGUAAGCUAAAGUACUAGUGAAGAAAACAAAGGAAAAGAAAAUAGAAAAAGAAAAGUGUACAGAAAAACAGCUCAGUGCAGGGUGAAGCAUAUAUAAGUGUGCGCAGUAAUGUAACUAAGAGUGUGUAGUGAUUGAAGUAUAUUAGUGUGAAAAAGUACCGAGGAGGACUGAUAAGCGAUACAAACGGAGCAGCUCAAAAGAAGAAGAAGAAGAAGAGGUAAACAGUGACCUGCCAGGCUGGGGCUCGCGGGCCUGGCUUGUUGGAGGUGCCUGGCUGAAUGGAACCACGAAGACACAAUGAGGGAAGCAGCAAAAAGAAGGGUUUGGCAAGGCGAGCCAAGAACCACAGCUUGUCCAACAGUCUGAAUAACCUGCACAUGGAGGGAAGGAGUGAUGAGAAGGAUGUUAAAUUAACAUCUUCCUCUUCCCCACUUGUACUUCCUGUAGUCACUGUUACCCCUUCCUGCCCAACACCUCCCCCAGACUCCAGCAGCCCUCACACCUCACAAAAAGCACCAGAUUCUCCAGGAGACCAGCAGGCAUCACCGCUGCGCAAUUUUAGCAGACAGAGUACAGCAGCAGUCACCCUUUUGCCAAACAAAAUGAAUGUAUCAGAGCUUAGCGGGCAACAGCAGCUGCAGCAGCAGACCGGGGAACGUAGAGCCAGAAGUGUACAGGAGGAAUCUCUCUCUCUAGACUCUGCCAGCAUUGUCUAUGUUCCUUGUAGUGAUCCAGACUUCAUCAGGAACCCAAAAUCAAAUGUAAGAGGAACCCAGUCAUGUCCAGUGGCAGCCAGCAGAAACUCAGUGUGUGGGGGUGAGCAGCUGGAGGGACAUAUUACACCGGGUCAGGCCCUCAGGGCAGCCAAGCUGGGAAGGGAUUCUCUCAAGAAGCUGUCACCGCUGUUGCCCCGCCGUGCCCAGCUGGCGCCCCCUCAGGUGAAACGGUCCAGCUCCAUGACCCGCCUCACAGAAGCCUUCAACCAGCUACACAACGUGUGUCUCUUCCCAGCCCACCCCACCACUAUGGUCGAGAAGAGUGAAGAAAUGCCUGAGAAGAGGGUCCACAAGUCUUCAUCGGCAGAGCUUGAGGUAAAUGGGAGUGUCCCGCUCACCCCUCUCACUGCCACCACCAACUCUAGAACUGACCAGAUGUACACGCAGUCUCCCAAGCUUGUGAGAAGAACUGCCUUUAGAGAGACUGUCAAGGAACACAGAAAAAACUCCCAUGACUCCUCUGUCAUGUGUGCAUCCCCAACCAGUAGUGGUUCUGUUGUUUUCACCCUUGGCCCUGCUGAGUGUGUGCAUUCACCAAGUGUGUCUAGUCAGAGUUGUGUCUCUUAUGACCCAGACUCCAAAGACUUGGAGAAUGGGUUUGAUGCCCCUCACCCCACCACCUGUACUAAGCAACCUAGCACUAGUAGCAAGGCUUCAGGUGCCAGUAGUGAGGCGUCAGGCUGUAGUUCCAGGAAUGCUAGAGGUAGAAGGAAGUCCCAGACCAAGGAGGGAAAAAAAGCCAGACAGAAGAGUGCCGAAAGAAGUGGUCAUGCCCCUGAGGCCAACAGUGGGUCCCCAUCCCUAAAGCAUGCCAGUUCAGCGCCAUACAGCCUGAUGAGUGAGGAUGAUGGUGUGUUUCGUAGUGAUGCACCGUAUCCCCACCCAGCAUUGGAACAGAGCCGCCUUAACCGCUCUCCAUCUUGGUCUGGCUACAAGGUGCCUGGGAAAAGCACCACCGACAGCAGUGACCCCACCGAGGAUCAUAGCGUUCCCGCAUCUCCACUUCAGGGGUGUCGCUCAGCCUCUUUAGAUGAACUGACCAACAUUGGUGUGUCUUAUGGGCUGCCUAUAAUUUCACCAAUAGAUGCCAAAAAAAAGAACUACUUAUUUGGGGGCCUGAACAGCCUCCUCGGGGCCUCUGAGCUGGACCGCUACUUCCCAACACGCACCAUCAAUCUCUUCAUUGCCACCUGGAACAUGAAUGGCAAGGAGCCUCCAGCAAAUCUUGAAGCCUUCCUCCUACCAGACGAGAUGGAGCACAUGCCGGACAUGUUUGUCUUGGGGACACAGGAGUCUGGGGGGAGUCGCACAGAGUGGGAGGUACGCUUGCAGGCAACCAUUGGCCCGUCACAUGUUUUGUUCACAUCAGCAAUAUUUGGGGUUCUCCACCUCACCAUUUUCUUGCGCAGGGACCUGAUUUGGUUCUGUUCAGUACCUGAGGAGGCAACAUACAGUCUUCGUCCUGGCAUAGCAUACAAAACCAAGGGUGGAGUGGGCAUCGGUUUUCAGUUUUUUGGAACAAGAAUCCUGUUUAUCAAUUCCCAUCUCACUGCUCAUGAGGAGAAGCAAGCCUAUAGGAUCCAAAACUUCAAAAGCAUCUCUCGUUCUCUGGAUAUUCCUCGCCUCCUGCCUGUGAAAUUCAAGCACAAGGAUGUGACCCACCGUUACGACUGUGUCUUCUGGCUGGGUGACCUAAACUUUCGGCUGGCUGUGAACCGGGACCAUGUGUUUGAGCGUCUGAAGCAAGGUGGCCCAGACACCUACCAGCACCUCCUUCAGUGGGAUCAGCUAUCACAGGCCAGGCAGAAAGGUGAGGCCUUUUCUGAGUUUGAGGAAGGCUCCAUCUCAUUCCCCCCAACCUUCAAGUAUGAUCCAGGCACUGAUCACUAUGACACAUCCUCCAAGCAGCGCGUCCCGUCCUACACCGACAGGAUCCUCUUCAAGAGUAAGCGUGGAGACAUCACCUGCUCCACCUAUGACUACUGUCCGUUGUUCAGGACGUCUGACCACAAGCCUGUGAUGGGCACCUAUACCUGCAAAAUCAGGCCUGGCAAGGAUGACGUCCCCUUGGCUGCUGGCACCUUUAACCGGGAUGUGUAUUUGGAGGCCUUGAGGCGGCGGCGCAAAUUCCUGUACCAGCCAGCGCUGCGGAACUGUCCGGUCCAGUAAAAGUGCUACCUUAUAGGAUUUACUUAAAGAAUAUCUAUUUGACGAUAUUUUUCUUUUUAAUUAUAAAGAAAAAUAAUAUAUUGAACAUUAUUCUAAAAUUUUACUCUUGUAUAUAUACAGAUUAUACAAAGAUAUAUCUAUACAGUUGAUUUUUCUAGUAUUUAUAGAAAAUUUUGAUUUGCUGAAGCAUGAUAAAAAGUAUUCAUGAAUUGUUGUUAUGACUUGCAGAUCAAAGUUUGUCACAAGCAAACCAGCAGGACAGGAGAUACUUAAAGAUUUUGGGAGGGUAUCCCAACUUAUUGUGGGGCUAUUACUGUGCCAAACUAUUUUAUUUUCUGUCCAUAGAUGACAUAUUUUCAGUGUGCAGUAAUUUUAAUGAAAGCUCUCUUUUAAGGCAUAAAAUGUAGAUGCUUUGUCAACAUAUUACUGUAGCUUGCUGAAGUUAGACAUAGAAAUGCACAGAAAAGUAGAUGUAUGCACCAGCCAUUUAUAAAAGGUCUACAAAAUAGUGUGUUCAAAAAAUUACUCUUCUUAUUCUAUAAGUUAGUCAGUAUUUCGCAUGUUGUUUACCUUUAUUGUCUUAAUUAUUGACAUUUAAGGUAGUGUCAUAUCUCAGAUCUCAGACCAUUGUGUUCUAUUACAUGAAAUUACUGAAAAUGCCAAAUUCUGUAAGAAUAAUACUGUGCACACAAUUAAUCAAUAAGGGCAUACUCUGGAGAGGCGGUGGGCCUCCUCUCCCAACCUAUAAUGCCAACCCUGGGGGUUCUUCUGAGCAAGCCUCCAUGCAGGCCCCCUUCCCAUCCUAAGUAUCUCAUGGCAGUGUCUAUCAUCUUGCUCAAGCUACAAGCUUUGUGGGUACCCCAUUGACCUCCACCACUUGGGAUCAUCUCUCACAGAAACAACCCAGUGAGCAAGGUCAACUGUUGGGUUGCAUGCCACAUGCCCAGAAACAACCCUGUGAGGAGGGUCAGGUGUUGGGUUGAGUGCUACAUGCCCGCACAGCUGGAGUUGGCGUUCAUGGAGUAUGCAGUUAUAAGGCCUCAGUGCAGUCUCACAAAGUAGUCACUAGUACAGGUUGAGAAUUCUUUAUCCAAAAUUCCUAAAUCUGAAAGUUUUUGAAUGCUGACUUGACGUGUCACAAAUGGAAAAUUCCACAAAGUGAUGGGAAGGUUCCCCUAUAUACAGCUGCUGUAUGCUGCUCAGGGUUGCCAGGUCCGUGGUUUACCCGCCCAACUAAUGCUGCGUCGACACCUUGGGCAUAAAAACACCUGCCCACCACCACCGCGGGUUUUGGGCAGUUAUUUGGAUGGGAUUGGGCGGGAAUACAGUCCAUGACCUGGCAACUCUGGUGCUGCUAUGCCUUAGUUUGUUGUCAGCAGUCAUCACAGUAACACCUUCGCUCAUUACUCAUUGUGAUUACCGCGUGUUUUGUGCUCUGUGGUGUAAAGAUGUUUUUGAAAAUGUCAAAAGAGCCUGCAUAUUCCAUAAUACAAAAAAAAUCAGAAGUCCGUAACACUUUCGGUCCCAGGGAUUCCCGAUUAGGGAUUCUCAACCUGUAAUAUCCCAUGAUUCUGUGUAGAUGCUUAUUACCAAAGGCAUCAGUUUGCCUCUUUGAGUCGUUAAUGAAGUAUUUAUGUCUUAACCAUAGAGUAAGACCAGGAGCACAAGCAACUUGAAGAUCCAAGUCUUUGUCCUGCACAGGUAUUGACCAAGCCAUAUAGUCAUGCUGAGUCUAUAACACCAUGGGCCCAGCCAAUUUGCUAUAAAACUUAUUGACAUGACCUGCCAUUGCUCUGCACCAUGCUACCAAGGUAGUAUGUGAAAUUUUCCAAGAUCUCAGUUACCUUGCCACUUGCAUGAACAGACUGUACCAUUAAUUUAGUAAUCAUCAUCAUCAUCAUUUCGUUUAACGUCCAUUUUAACUAUUCCUGAGCGGUUGGACGCUUUAUGGAUCUCCUCCAUUCUACUCUGUCUUCUGCCUGAUGUUCAUCCAAUCCCAUCAAUGCCAAGUCUUCCUGUAUACACCUUCUCCAUGUUUUUCUAGGUCUACCAACUGGUCUCCUUCCUUCUACCUCUUAUCUCUCCACAACUCCUCGCACUGUAUCCUCCCCUGCUCUCUUUACAUGUCCAAACCAUCAGAGUCUUUCCCUUCUGAGCACUGUUUCCAGGUCCUCUAUUCCACAUCUGUUAGCUAUAUCUGCACUGGACACCCUAUCUUGCCAUGUGAUCACCAUUUCAUUUAGUAAGCCUCCAAACAUCUUGGUCUUGGCCAAGAAGACCUGAAGUCCAGAUGCCUUCGCCGUCACGUGCUGUGCCUCGAGAGGCAUCCAUCACCAGAAUCUCCAGUUACUCAGCAAGGGUUACUGCAUCAUAAUAUAAAACAAGAUCAGUGACCCUGGUGUUGCCAAUAGAUGAUGAACAAUGGCAUUGGUUCACAACUCUACCUAAUACCCAGACCAUAUAAGUGUUGCAAAGGGAUGGGUUAAGGACUUAUCCCUGUACAGAAAGUAUCAUAUAAUUUUUUCCUAGUAAUACUUUUCGAAUUUUUUUUCUCAGGUUUUGUUUCUUGACUCUAGAUUUUGAGAGGGAAUGGAGUCAGCAGGUCCCUUUCCUUUCGCUCUCCCUCUUUCCUUCCUUUCCACACAUGCCGUUGUUGGCAUAAAUAUAGUCACUCGUACAAUCAUUAGAACAAUUAUAUAUUGUAGAAGUCUUCCCCUGCCUCCAUUUUUGUACAUAUGCAUUCAUAUAUUUGUUUGUCUCAGAUGUUUUGUUUUUACUGUGCAUUCCCUUUGGAUGAGAGAAAAUUUUCCAGCCAUUUUUGGUUUGGCGCACUUCUUCCAUACCAUUCUCCUGUGGACUUACUUAAUUCAUAUUUGUGGUUGUUCUCCAUACUGUCUUUGAAGUAUUGGUUACUUGUUCUCAUAUUUUACAACUCUACUCAAAUUCUGCUCACUUAAUACAAAUUAAUGCACCCUUUCCUUCCAGCAAAUUUCUUUACCAGUUGCUUGUUAACAUUUCAGGUUGAGAGAAUUGUAGUUUCAGCAACACUUCUUCAUCUACCUCUCUUAGUGCUGACAUAAUGUCACCGUUGAAAUUGUUGUCAAUGACUGUAAUAGUGACCUCCUAUCUUGCCAUACCAUGACAGCAAAAAGGAAGUAUCUUCUUUAUUUACACAUUCAAAAGGGCAUUAGCAGGGCUGUCAACUAUAGAUUUUAAGUGUGCCAUAGCAUAAGUAAAGUUGAUUUGUAGUUUUUAGACUGAAUUAUUCAACAUUUACAUCAAGAAAUGUUUUGAAUUGUUUGUUUCCAGUUAACUUUCAUAGUGGUCCAGGCAGAUGGGAGGCACAUGUUUCUGAAACAGCUGGUAAUCUCGGUGAGGUUCAACGCUUCAUAGUGAUGGUGCUCACAUAUUAACUAGAGUUGGCACAGUCCAUGUUGUGCUCGUGAUAGAUUUCCCUGCCACAAAAACUAUUUAGGUUAGGCUUGUUGAUUAAGAUGCAUGUGCCUUAAAAUAAAUUUUGAAAUAUACAGUAUACAGUAAAAGUCCUUUAAUCCAGAAUGCUGGGGUCACAGACAUUCUGGAUUAGCAGAUUUUCCAGAUUACCAGGACCAGGAGGGGUCCUCAAAAUGUUCAAAACACAACAUUCCCAGACAUUUACCAUGCUUGGUCUGGCAAACGCCAAUAUUCAGUAUCUGCCCCAGACUUUCACCACACUCUCUGUGGCACAUUCAAGCAUCACAUCUUAGAGAUUAACUAAAAGUUAUUUGAAGACUUGCAUUACAUGUUAAACAAGGGGCGCUCUGUUGGUGGUGGUCAUAAAGUGUCCGCCAUUUUAUUUUUAGACUCAAGGGGUUUAAACAUAUAGAAUGUGAAUUAUUUACUAAUGAAUGCUUCUUUAUAAAAUUGGGUAAUAAAAAUAUGAAACAGGUUAUAAAAAUUAUCAUGACUGCAUAACUACAAGCAGCAGCAGCUGAUACAUGUAAACAAACAUAUGUCAUGUCAGCAGGGGCAAUUCUGCACUUGCCAUUUCUUCUUGGCAAUGGUGGUUGUAUUAAAUGAAGCAGUAGGAGCCAUUAUGGUCGAAGAAUAUAGACAAAACCAAGCAAGUUCGGGAGACAACUGUGUAAUGGACAGCUAGCUGGGCAAACAUGCUGUGAACUGAGUGAAUCUUGUCUUGGCGUUGGUGCAGAAUUUGACAGUUUAAUGCACCGCUUUUGUUUAUUUUUCAGUAUAUUUCAGUUGUUUUCCUGAAAUUCUUUUCAAUGUUAUCAAUAAAAUCUAAAAUUGUCCCUCAGCUAAAAAUUUCAAAUCAUUAAGAUUUCUGUAUUGGAAGCCGGAUUAUUGAACUUUUACUGUAUAAUCUUUGAAGUGUUAAGAAAUAUUUGGUUACCAGAUAAGGCCAUGAGAGGCUGUGCAAUGUUAUGGGAUAUAGAAGAUAUGUAUCAUGCAGCAACACUGAAACAUGUUAUUUAAGGAAUGAAGUACACAGUGAGCUAACUAUUAAGAUCUGUUUCUUCUUUAGAAAAAAGUAACCUGCAUGCACAAACUAGAAGUUAUCGGCAAGUGAAAUAACAGCCUCCAUCAUGCUUAAACAGCAAGUCUUUCUUUUUACCAACAUGAAUGUCAUCUUCCUUCAUUGCACUGUGUUAAUUUAGACAAGUUCUUGUUACUGUACACUGUGUUGUGAACUGAUAGAAUUCUGGGAAUGUGAAAGUUUUGUCCCCUUUGGCUGAAACCUCACAAACCUUGCCUGAGCUGUACAGUAAACUGAACAAAUAGUAACUACAGUAAUAAAAAUAAAAGUAUGCUUCCAUGCACCACCCAUGCAUGGUGAACUGUCAGUGUUGGCUCUGUUUGUAAGCCAUGGAUGUAGAAGGCAUUCUUAAGAGCUGUUCAAUAAGUUCAGUACUUUACAUCAUGACCUGAAGCUAUUACUUAGAAUAUGCUUUUAGAAAAGAAACUUAAUUUUUGUAAUAAGAUUAUCAUAUUUUUCAGUCAUAUUUACUCUUUCAAGCUUUGUUUAACUCAAAUAUUGUAUACAUUCAUUCACGUCUAGAUUUGUCUGAAUAUAGUGUCAGAAAAUUGUUAUGCACAUAUAUUGUGAUUACUAAAUUGCUACUUAUGGACAAUGACAGAGUUUAAACAAAGUUGCAAGUAUUAUUUUUGUAUACCAUAAACAUCAUCAUCAUCAUUAUUAUCAGUAUCCUAAUUAUUGGAAACAUUUUCAUAUGGACCAAUUAUGGGAAUAUGUUAUUGACAUUUAGAAGAGAUUGCUGAGAAAAGUGAGACAAUCCAAUACACUGUUGAUAAGGAAUAUAAAGAAAUUCUGUGGCCGUUGUGUAAGACUAUUUAGCAGGUUGUGAAGACUAAAGUAAUUAAGCAAACGUGAAAAUUUGUUUGUGUCAGUUGACAGUUGAUUUUUGAUGAGAAUUUUCAUCCAGUAUCCUCUCCUAGAGGUAAGCUUGUGUUCAUUGGCCGUUAUGUUUUUAUCAUGUGUUUAACAGUAAAAUAGAUUUAAAGUUUCUUUAUACCUUUUGAAUAUUUUAACCCUCUCGCGCACCAUAAGUUUCCAAUAAGUUUCUGUUCCGCUCAUCAUACAUUUCCCAGGCCUGACCGGCCCUUUUUUGCUGCCGCGAUACUCUACAUUCCCGGGCGUAUUUUACCCUCGCAGAUAUAUCGUACCCCAAUAAAUUUGGUAUCAAUAGCUUCAUAGAGACUUGUACUAGAACAUGCGCAAAUAAAAAUAGAGGAAUAUAUAUAUAUAUAUAUAUAUAUAUAUAUAUAUAUAUAUAUAUAUAUAUAUAUAUAUAUAUAUAUAUAUAUAUAUAUAUAAACAAUACGAACUUGUUUCAAGUCUCCCUAUAGAGUAUCAUAGACAAUAAAUCCAAUGUAACAACUCUUCCCCACUCGCUCGCUUGAAAUUUUGUGGGACAACUUUUUUAGCCGAAUAUAUGUUUCGAAACGGAAUUUAGUGAGGAUUCUUAUGGUAUCCUCAAAUUUCUCAUCCGCUUAUUAGUUCCCGAGUUACACCGAGAAAACUGUAUUUUUUUCCUCUCCCAUCAGAGUAGGCUAACAAAUAAAAAUCGCUCAAAGCUCCUCAUCUACACUCCUUAGAAAGGUUGCCAUAUGUUAACAUUAAGAAACUUAUCCCAACAAAUGACGCUUUCAAAUUUGACGCACUUUCACCAAAAACUUAAUUUUUAAUCAAUUUUUUAAACUUUUGUGAUGCGUUUCGCGUCAUCGUGCGCCAGGACCUUUUACCCUUUGAUGACGCAAAACGCGUCAUCGUGCGCGAGAUGGUUAAUGCUUCUAUUAGAAGUCUUUCAUGUUGAAAUUAAGAAACUAUAUACAGGUAACUCUCGCUUUACGCGAGUAUAGUGUCCUUGAAGAGGUUGCCUAAAUCAAAAACAAUGUAAAUCAAACAAGAGGGAGGUUUGUACCUUUAUUGCCUGCUGUAUCACUCUGACUCCUCUCCCUCUCGUGGUUCCUCCUCUGGCUGCCCUUCCCCUCGUGGUAGCACAGCAGCGAGGGUGUUGUUGUUGUUGAGUAGUGUGGCAGCGUGGGUACUGUAUUGUUGUUCAAGUGGCACGCGGGAAGAACUGAGCUCAGCUGUGUGGCCGCGGCAGUGCGCCGUGUGAGUCCAGUUGCGUGAGACAUCUGGUGGCCACUCCAUAAAAUAUCGCAUAUAAGUGAAAAAAAUGUGUAAAUUUAUUUGGAAUUUGGACCCCGCGUUAUUUAAAAAACGCGUAAACCAAACUCGCGUAAAUCGAGAGUUACCUGUAUUAAUAGGAAAUUGUUUUGCAUGUUUGACAAAACCUUUUGUGUUUCUUUAUAAGCCAUAGAUUUUGUUCUUUCUUCCCUAUGCAUUAUCCAUUUGUUUAUGAUUAUUAUGCUGUCAAAGUCAAAACUAGUCUUGAUAUGUAUAUAAAGUAUAUAUAUUUAAUUUAUUGAUUAUUUAUUUACAAUUUAUCAUAAUCUGAUAUUACAAAAGUUUGUUAUGGUGAAUAAUUCCUAGUGAAGAAAGCUGAUUGCUUGGCGUCAUUAGGCAGACCCACCACGGAGAGGCAGGACUUCUGUAGUCUGCUAACAGCUUCAGAUCUUAGCUAGGAGUGAUUACCUCAUUAUUUUUUAUAUAACUUUUUGACAGCACUAUAAAUCUAGUCUCAUGAAAUCAAUGCACAUCUAUAUUUAUGUAUUUGUGUUGUAUAGUUGAUACAUUUGUGUAGAUUUAAUCGUAACUGAUGACAUAGUUCAUAGUUGUCUAUAUCAAAUGGUCUCAGUCAAAAUUUCAUUUGUUGUGCUUUUUAUGAAUUUUCUCAGCAUAAUGUUAUUCAUGUGAAAAACUGUAAUGAGUGACUUUUGAUCUGCUUAAUAGCUAAAAAUACCAUUUC